ACCUUGUUUGGCUCAGUCGAGUCCCGGCUCUCCCCCGCGCGUGAUGCGGACCUUUCCCUGCACCGGACACCGGAGAGACACCCGAGGACAUUCAUAUCGACAAACGGCCAUCACGCGGCUCAGUUCAUGUUGGACAUUUAUAUUAAAAAAAGACAAUUAAAAAAAGGGAAGGGAUUUCUCAAUUUUUGAAGUCUGAUAGCAUCCUUGGACAUGUUUUGACUUCUUUUUCUGCGCGUAGUUUUCAAAGUGAACAAGAAGAAUGUUAAUGCACAGAAGUCUUUUCUCUGGAAGCUCGCGGUUGAAAUGGAUGGCCACAUUACUUCACACGGGUCUGUUGCUGCAGCCGGCGCUGUGGGACACGACAGCGGCCAUCCACCCAGACUGUGCCCUGGUGGUUCAGCACAUGAAGGCUCAAGAACAAUGUAACCAGAUCCUACAGCAGGAGGAGAACAACCACUCUACCGGGGCAGGCUGUCUGACAGAGUGGGAUGAUAUCCGCUGCUGGCAUCGGGCAGAUGUGGGACAGGUGGUCAGCGUCUCGUGUGCCAAUGCGUCCCAGCUGUUUGCUAACAACAAAGGUUACAUCUACAGGAACUGCACGGAGCAUGGAUGGGCCGAGCCCUACCCGUCCUAUGACAAGGCCUGCGAGUUCACUGAGUACGAAGAGACAGAUCCAGAGACAACAUACUUCUCCAACUUCAAACAGGUGUACACGGCGGGCUACGCUACCUCGCUCAUUUCUCUUAUUUCAGCGAUCUUUGUCUUUACCGUGUUCAGGAAGUUCCACUGCACCAGGAACUACAUCCACAUCAACCUGUUCUUCUCCUUCAUCCUGAGGGCGAGCGCUGUCUUCAUUAAAGAUGGCGUUCUUUUUUCGGAUGUAGACCUGGACCACUGCUUCAUGUCUACUACAUCCUGUAAAUCCGCCGUGGCCUUCUUCCAGUUCAGUAUCCUGGCCAACUACUUCUGGCUGCUGGUGGAGGGCAUGUACCUGCAGACGCUGCUUGCUCUCACCUUUGUCUUCCAGAAGAAAUACUUCUGGUGGUACAUACUCAUCGGCUGGGGUGUCCCAACAACAAUCAUAACGGCGUGGAUCCUCACUCGAAACUUCUACGAUGACAAGGGGUGCUGGGAUGACACAGAUGUGGCCAUAAUCUGGUGGAUCAUAAAAGCUCCAAUAACUGCAUCUCUACUGGUGAACUUCAUCAUCUUCAUCAACGUGAUCCGCAUUCUGGUCCAGAAGUUGAGAUCUCCUGGUGUUGGUGGCAACGACACCAGUCACUUUAAGAGGCUGGCCAAAUCCACUCUGCUUCUCAUCCCUCUGUUUGGGAUGCACUACAUGGUUUUUGCUUUCCUGCCAGAAAACACAGGAGCAGAGGCCCGAAUCUUCAUAGAGCUCGGUCUGGGAUCCUUCCAGGGAUUUGUUGUGGCCCUGCUUUACUGUUUCCUGAAUGGCGAGGUGCAGGCAGAACUGAAGAAGAGGUUUUGGAAGUGGCAGACUCAGAGUUACCUGAGGUACAGUAAACGACGGCGUACGCUGUUCACUGAAAGCAGCACGGUCACUCAGAUCUCCGUCUUGGACAAAUCCAGCCCCAAAGAUCAGCCGACCUCAGAGACACACGCCCUCACAGCCAGCAACGUCUCCAUUGUGUGAGGAACGUUUCCUAACGUUCAUGUCCUAUGUUACACCCGCUCGGUAUUUGGACGACGUCCUGAGCAGGUGACUAAACCUCGGAGCCUGAUUGUUGAAUGUUUAAAGUUCCUCUUAACUUGGUUGCAGAGUCCCACACGGGCUGUCAAACGUAGGUCUUUCAUUCCCUUUUUUAUUCACAAUAUCCCACACCACUUUUCCUCAUGAUAUUACUUAUUUUUUUCAGGCUUAAGACAGAGAGACCACAUGUGCUAGUGCCUUUGUUUUUAUCACAGGCAAGAUUUAGCUUUGGGGUCCCUUUAAACCACCAAAUUAGUUCUCUUUUACUAAAGUGCUGAUAUCAAUUACACCAUGAAUGUGGUUUGAAAUUAUUGUCCUUUAAGUUAAAAAUCAACCACAUUAUACUAAAAGUAACAAUUAUGAUUAGUUUCUUAGAGUCCUUCUAGUUCAACUGUUCUGCUUCGUGUUAAAAUGUAUUUACUUGUUUAGUUGUAGUUGUUUUUUUGUUGUUUUUUUAUAGGGGGAAAUGUACAUCAACUAAAAUAGAUUGUCCUCUGUUGUGGUCUCAAGUAGCCAGAAGACAGACAAUGGUCCAAAAGGGGUUGGAGCAGGACAGGACAUGUUGUAACAGGACUUUCACUCAGGACAUUGGGAUUUGUGUAAAACCAAAAGUCAACUGCAUUUAACGGAUGUUAGAAGUGACACAAUGACGUCCGCGACGUCGCGUUACGUCCUUAUUUUAGCAGUUUUUUGUAAUUUUAUGCCCCAAACCCUUAACCUUCACCCUAGCCUAUGUCAACAACGUAUCAUUUGCGGGGUUGAUCAGGUGCCGCUGGAAAUUCUGGCCAAUGUCGCUAAUUUUUUUCGGCCAAAUGUCCGUCUCCUUUCUUUGUGUUGGCGUUCUAAACUCUAGUGGAUUUCUGAGCACUAUGGUUACCUGGUCCUCAGAUCUCUGCAGGGUAAAUCCAGACAGCUAGCUAGACUAUCUGUCCAAUCUGAGUUUUCUGUUGCACGAGUAAAACUACUUUGGAACAUACUCAUGUUCCACAAAAACAAGUUCUUUCCCAAGGAACCUUUUUUUUUUUUUUUUUUUUUAGGAACUUCUUUGUCCUUUUGCAGAGGCACCGUGCUCUCAGGGCCACUCAAGAUGGUUGUGAUUGGCUCAAAAAAAUGCCAAUAAACCAAGGCACGUUUUUCUCCCUUCCCAGAAUGCUAUGUGGAUUAGAGACUACCCUAACCCCAGACUACCCUAACCCCAAUCCCUAAUGUUUAAAGUAUUUUAUGGCCUGAACUUAGUUCUGUUUACCAAUGUGGCCGGUAAGUUAAAUACAACAGUCACAUGAUGACGGUCACAAGAUAAAACCAUCAUACAUAAAAAUGUGUUUUGGAGCUAUCAAUGUGGUGGCCCAAUGGCACUGUGGCCUCACACCAAGCUGGGUCUGAGUUUGAAUCCAGGUUGUUCUGGGCCUUUCUGUGUGGAGUUUGUAUGUUCUCCCCAUGUUUGCAUGGGUUUCCCCUCUACCGUCAAAAACAUGUACUAGCGUCUCCAGUCAGUGCCCUUGAUCGAGGCACUGGCUCAGAUCUGGAGCUGGUCCCCGGGCGUUUUACAGACAUCACGUUCAAGCGUCUCAUUCGGAACCGGAUGUCACUUUUUCUAAACUUAACUCAUUUUGGUGCCUAAACCUGCGACCAUUUCACAACGUUUAAAAUAAUAGACAUGUUCAAAAUCGCAAUGCUUUACGCUCACAACCCCAACCAGGUUGGUUGAUGUAUGAGUUGCUAUUUUACCUGAGGGUUGUCUCAGAAGGACAAACAACGCGUAACGUCAUAGGGUUUGGAGGUCUGAUUCCGCACUAGAGCCCGACCGAUAUAUCAAUGGGCCGAUAUUAUCGGCCGAUAUAAUUAUAUAUAUAUGUAUAUAUAUAAAAUUAAAUAUUCAUUCAUUCGAAUAAAUGAUUCUAAUAAAUAAAUAUCUAAAAAAUAAAAACCAUGUUAUGAAUGUUGGCGUUGCAUAGUUUGUCCACCAGAGGACGCUCUACAACCUGUUGGCAACACUGAUUUUUAUUUUGAUACUGUGUUUUUGUUCAAAGGACUUUAAGUUUUUUAUCUUAAGUUUGUAUUUUUAUACCUUUUAUUUAUCAGAACUUUAAUGUAUUUUGACAUUCCUCUGAUCUGUUGUGACAAUAAAACAAAUUAUUAUCAUAUUAUUUUAGUGAGAACUCAUAAAUAGCUAAAAUUAACUAAUGUUAGGGAAAGCUGUUUGUGUUUUGUAACGCGUUUCUGAAUUUUUAAAAAAAAUAUAUGACAGGCCAAUACAUCGGCUUUUGAAAUUACCAAUUAUUUGUAUCGGUAUUGACUUUAAAAAUCCUUUAUCGUCAGGCUGUAUUCAUCACUGGUCUCCUUAAUGUUGGCCAGUACAACAUAAUCAUAUGCAACAAAACAAAGCUUUCUUCGUGUAGUGGAACGUGCCCAUGCUACCAUCAGUGGCUCUGCAUGCAACAUGUUGCACAGUGCACUAUAGCACACAUCUGGAGCACUAGACUGUAAAACCUAUUUAAUGGUCAGAUUGUUUUUAUGUCUCUGUGUGACUGUAAAUAGACUUAAACUACAGUUUAUGUUUUUCAUAACAACAGUACAGUUCCUCCAACAGAUUUAUAAACCACAUUAAAUGUCCUUGUUGCUGUAAAU